AAGUUUUAGACUUUCAUUGUGUCAUUUUAAAGUCGUGUGGUGGGGAUAUCUAGUCUAGUGACAGCUAGUCAUGGAUACCUUGUGUGAAAUUCCAGACGAAAAUUUGCCUGCUUUGGCCACUUUGUAUGAGAAACACGUGGUGUGGGCACCUCACGUGUUAAGUUUAAUUCACACAGGUAUGCGUCUAAAAAACACGAAUAAAUUCAGAGAUAGUGUGAGUUUCCUCUCAGUCAACGAAAUGUGGAGGGAAGAUGGCACGAUUAUUGUAAUCAUGAAGUUUCAUUGCUACAAUAUUUUUGUGUUUACUUUGGAUGACCACUGCGUCACUCUACGACAAGCUUUACUCACGACCGAUUUUACGAAUCCGCAAGCUGUGUUUUUCUGCGUCCACGAAAAACAUCUACCUACUGUUGAGCAAGUCGCCAAGGAGAGGAAUUUACGACUGUCUAAAGCCCCUCUUCCGUAUUUAAUAUUUGCGUUAAAUCCGUCUAAAGCUACGUUUGCACUGGAUUGUCCACCGGACGUUUACGUUAAGAAAUUGGACCCUACUUUAAGCGACAAGAUUAACUCAGUGUGGCCACAUAAAUACCCAGGUUCGGAAAACUACGUGUCAGGGUUAAUCGAAAUGAAUGGGGGUUAUGGGGUGUUUUUACGCAGUAGUAACGAAAUGGUGGCAUGGGUGGUGAAGCACUGUUUUGGCCACAUUGGGGUGCUUCAAACGGACGAAAAACAUAAGAAGAAGGGGUAUGGAAGCUUGGUUACUAGAGCACUAGCACUAGAGAUUUUGGACGAGGGACAUUGGCCGUUUGGGACUGUGUACCCGGAUAACGCAGGGUCCAUUAAGCUUUUCGAGAAGUUGGGGUUCGAGAGGAUUGGGUUUGCGUCCUAUAUGGAUAUAAUAAAUACCUGAUUACCUUAUGUAUUGAGUGUGAUAUAUUUAAAUAAAAAAUAACUCAGUUACGUAUUA